AAAUCUUUCUACUACCAUGUCUACCCCGACAGGCUUGUCGGACGGUGCUAUUUCGGUAGAGUUUCCUGCUGAGGCUGCCGACGAGUGCAUAACCCAUGACGGAAUUCUACCAGGUGAAGCACCCUGGGACAAGCGCUUUGCCCUCCACAUGUUCCGCUACCGCCAGAUCCAGUCAGAACUGCGCACAAUGCUCUGGGAGCGCUUCCCGUCUUGCGUCCAAGUGGACCUACGAGCCUGGCAGGAGCAGAUGCGCGACCGCAUUGAUACCUGGUACCAGAGCACCCCGCUCGGCAACGAUCUCGACGCAGCAGAGCAGAAGAUCCUCGAGACCCUCGAGGUCACACACCGCACAGCCAUAUUUCACCUGUACCGCCCGUCUCCAAACAUCCCGUCCCCUGACGGGCAGCAGGGCGUCGCCAUGGCGCAGGCGGCGAUCAAGGUGGUUGAGCUGUACGAGCGGUACUUCCGGCGGCAUAUGCUUUCGAUAUACUGGCGGUCGAUAGAGAACAUCUUCUUGGCAGGCACCGGAUUGUUGCUGGCGUAUGCGCAGUUUCCGGCGGUCCGGGAGGUCAUAGACUUUGCCUCCCUGGAAGCUCACGUGCAUACCUGCGCAUCGCUUCUGUGGGGAAUGGUUGAGAGAUUCCCCUCGUUCCAGGGAAAACGCGAUGCCUUUGACGAGACGGCCAAGAAGGUGUUAGAAGAACUUAGGAAGGCACGGACUGAAGUCGAGACUGGUGAUUUUGGUGCUGGAAGGAGCACCGACUUAGACAUUGGGCCAUCGACAUUCCAGGCUGGUCUCGAUGACCACGGGGGCAUCAACCAUGGCCACAUGGAUCAGAGUGAUCACCACCAUCUGACAGCGCCGUGGCUUCAAGGCGUCGGGCUUGAUGACCACCUGACGCCUUUCUACCCAAGUCAAGGAGAUCUCUUCUCGUUCCAAGAUUUCGAUAUUAUGGACUUCAUGGACAACUCUUUCGUCACGGACUCAAACCCAGAUGCACACUUCUCGACUCGUUGAGAACGAUGGGAAGCGGUGCUAGCUCAAUCUACUACUAUCGGGGAUUUGAUCAUGAUCUGGGGUUGUAUACUCGAAGGGGAUGGACAACAUGCCGUAUUGAACCGC